CCUUGAUUGGGGCCCGACACUCCGUUCUUUCCAAUCUUUUGAAAGCAUUCCAGAGCUGACCAUAGCAUUCAAUUAUUACGUCUAUCACAGGCCGUCAACUUCAAGUCGUGGAGGUCAUUAUACAAUGAUAGCCACUAAGCCUCUCUCUUCACAGCAAUGGUCCUUUCAGUCAGGAAGUCACCCGUCAACGCCUGAGCUCACUUCAGACACCACAAGUGAUGGCGACUCUUCGCUAUCAGUUGACUACGCUAUUACUCCACCGCCCCUUUUAGGGCCUGUCCCUCAUUCAAAUGCUAACUCGCAUAUUGACCUACCUUUUCCAGAUAAGGACAAAGAUCCCAGGUCGAUGUUCCCUCUGCUUGUUGUGUGCAAAAGACGUCAUACUGUGUGCAACUCAGAAUGUCGACCAGCAGGGGGGAGUAAGGCUCCAAAUCAAGCAGUAUCACCCGAUAGAAGCCGAAUCAGGACUAGAAGAUCAACUCUUACAGAUGCAAAUGUGAAUCAUUCGAGGUCACCAGCUUCACUAGACAGGUUCAUACCCGUCCGGCAAUUCAUUGAUCCGCCGUCGACAUUAUUUCGUGUUGGUAAAAAUCCCCAGGAGCUAUCCCUUGAGGAAAAACUUCUGCGCCAUCGCUCGCAGAAAGAAGAUCCAUUUAUGCCUACACGCGCUGGGCGAUCUGGAAGCAUUCUGGGGGUACACUCUAGCUACCAACUCAGGCUUUACAAUGGCCCCCGUUUAGUCAGUAGUGCAGUGAUUCGUGGUUCAUGGGAUCCUGGCCACAAUUCUAGGCAAGUGAGUACCGGAGCUGUCUGGCAUGUGGGUGGAGCAUCCGCUGCCGUGGGUAGGCAGCUUAGGGCAACCUCUAGCCCCUCCGGAGCUCGCUUUACAAGUGGAACAGCUGCUCCCAUGUACAAUGCCAGAUUCUUGCCCCAUACUGCAUCGAACGAGGAACAAGCUAAGUACGAGUCAAGGCUAGCCCUUGCAUUGGAUAUUGAUACAGCAUCAAGGCUCCUCAGUAAUCGGAACGCUCGGCCACUGCUUGAGUCCACGCCGGCUCCGUUCUCUCCACUCUACGAACGAUUUGCCCAGUUGGUUUGGAAAGACAACGCAUGGAAGAGGGCGGAAAGAGAUACAUGGACUUCUACAACCCUACCAAGAGAGGACAGCACAAGGAUGGUACCAACGCUACCGUUCCGUAUACUAGACGCACCUCUUCUUCGUGAUGAUUUUUACUGUUCAACAAUAGCAUAUUCGACCACUUCUGGAAUUCUCGCCGUCGGUCUUGGCCACCGCGUCUAUCUUUGGUCAGAAGCUUUUGGCGUACAGCACCCACCAUUCGCAAACCAACAUACCUCAAACCAUGUAACCUCUCUGUCAUUUUCCUCUGAGAAUGGCGAGAAAGCUAUUCUAGCUGUUGGCAGACAAUCUGGUGCACUCUGCCUAUGGAGUGUUUUCGAUUCGGAAAUACGUUUUGAUAUCAGCCAUCCAGAUACAAUCACCUGUGUUGCAUUCAAACAAAUGAAGUCGCGGAGAAUAUCGGCGAAGUUUCCGCACGUCGAGGUAGACACGGAAGACCUUGCUGUUGGUGAUGACAAUGGCAACAUCUGGUACUACUCUGUCGAGUGGCCUGACGACGAGAUUCGGGAUGAGUUUGAUUGGCAAGGCUCUAUGACACUAGUUGCCAAGAUAUCUGCCCAUACACAGCAGGUAUGCGGUAUAUCCUGGUCUCCGGAUGGGGUAUACCUUGCUACUGGUGGCAAUGAUAAUGCGUGUAUGCUGUUUGAGUUGCGAGAUAUCAUUGCUCCACGAGAGCUAGGUGUGACCUCAAAGGGCUCGAACACCCUAGGCCAGAGCUGCCUCUCUUCAUUCACAGAUAAUGUUCAUCGACAGCUCUUACAUAGGCACUUCGCCUCUAGUAGUUUACCUCCAUCGUCCCAUCCUGAAACCGCACCUAUGUCGGCAGGUCUCCUCAGCAGUGUGGGAUUACUAAUCUCCCCUCAUGAUCGAAUGGUCAUAGUGCCGCCAAACAGUCAGAAGCAUCGACUAGCUCAUUCCGCGGCGGUUAAAGCAAUAGCAUUUGCUCCCUGGCAGCCAUCUCUUUUGGCAACUGGUGGAGGCUCUAACGACCGCGCUAUCCAUUUCUUUCACACUCCAUCUGGUGCAUGUCUGGCUACUAUCAACGUUUAUGCUCAAGUGACUGGUCUUAUCUGGAGCAAGACGCGGAGGGAGCUUGUCGCCACGUUUGGCUUCGCACAACCAGAACAUCCGUUCCGAAUUGCUGUGUUUGCAUGGCCAAGCUGCGAGCAGAUCGCUGCAAUUCCCUGGGGCCCGAAUGGGAGUAGCUGGGAUCGUACAGACAACGAGUCAAGUGUCGAUUGUGGGAGAGCACUCUGUGCAGUUAGCUAUCCCUGCAGGCCCCCUACUUAUGUCCUUGAUAAGUUGGACAGCCCCGAAGGCUCUUCUAUAUCAAGUUUGGUCAAUCAGCUCAGAUCGAACAGGAGAGGAGGGGGUGUGCAUUACCGGCGGGCGGUUGUGCGACCUACGGCUAAAGAAGGAGGGCUCUGGUGUCCGCGUACGGUUGAAGAGGGGUGUAUCAUUGUGGCUUCUAGCGACCAAAGUGUCAAGUUCCAUGAGGUGUGGAGUUCUAGGAGAAAGCCAAAAGCGGCGACUUCUGGACCAUACGGUGGCAGCGAGAUCCUCGAAGGAAUCGAAGGAUUGGAAAGACUAGGGAAUGAAGUCAUUCGUUGACCGCAGGCUUGAGC